AUGCCACUUCUCGAGCCACGUUCAGGACCGUCGUACGGCACUAUCGAACGCGAAAACUCCGAAAUGGACACUGAGAGGGAUCAGCUGUUGCAGGAUGACCGCGAGGUCGAGGGCGAGGGCCAGUCUAGUGGACUAUCUACACCAGAUGAAAUGCAGGAAGGAGUCCGGAAGAUUGAAGCUAUUAAUCUGACCUGGACAGCCAAGUCCCUAAUGGUGGCCUACGUCAGUAUAUUCCUCAUGGCAUUCUGCACGUCACUAGAAGGCCAAACCGUCAUGUCGCUGUCUGCAUAUGCGACAAGUGCAUUCAGUAAGCACUCGUUGAUCUCGACUGUUCUGGUGAUCCAAAAUGUGGUCAAUGCUGUCAUCAAACCCCCGAUGGCUAAGAUAGCUGAUGUAUUCGGUCGCUUCGAGGCCUUCUGUCUGAGUAUCCUUAUAUACACCCUCGGCUACAUCCAAAUGGCCGCUUCUACCAACGUGCAAACCUACGCCUCUGCACAGAUCUUCUACUCCGCUGGAUCCACAGGAUUGCAAAUCCUCCAACAGGUUUUCAUUGCCGACAGCAGUGACUUACUGAACCGCGCUUUCCUCGCGCUUCUGCCCGAAUUCCCAUUCUUAGUUACGGUCUGGCUUGGUCCAACAAUUGCGGGUGCAGUGCUGAGUACUACCUCAUGGAGAUGGGGUUACGGAAUGUGGGCUAUCAUCUUGCCGGCAUCCUUCCUCCCACUUGCCCUCACACUGCUCUUCAACCAACGAAAGGCGCGGAGAUUGAACCUGAUCAAAAAGCGAUCUAGAGGACGGGGAGACAUUGUUAGCAUCCUGCGCCGGACCUGGUACGAUCUGGAUGUGGGCGGGCUGGCUCUCCUGUCUGCUGCCGUCACACUCAUUCUGGUGCCUCUAACUCUUGCGUCCACUGCCAAGAACGGGUGGAAAAAUGUUAGUAUCCUGGUCAUGAUCGCGCUUGGUGUCGUGUGUCUCUGUCUGCUACCGUUUUGGGAGUCUUCUCAAAGAUUGGCUCCCAAGCCCUUGCUCUCUCUGCAUCUCCUCAAGCAGAGAACUGCUCUUGCGGGAUGCGCCUUAGCAUUCUGGUAUUUCAUGGCCUUUUACUUUUCCGUUCAGCCUUAUCUAUAUUCCUAUCUCCAGGUCGUACAAGGGUAUGAUGUCGCCACUGCGGGACGCGUCACCCAGACCUUUGCUUUCACCUCAACCAUCUCUGCCUUUAGCGUAUCACUUCUUAUCAAGUAUACCCGACGAUACCGUAUCUAUAUUACCAUCGGAUGUGUGGUCUACAUGACCGGUCUAGCCCUGAUGCUCCUAUGCCGAGGAGAAGGGGCUUCCCACUUCCAAGUUCUGGGCACGCAAGUCAUAGUUGGCAUCGGUGGUGGCCUGGUCAAUGUGCCCGUCCAGCUAGGCGUCCAAGCAUCUGCCAGCCACCAGGAAGUGGCAGCAGCCACUGCAAUGUUCCUGACUUCUAUGGAGAUGGGCGGUGCUGUCGGUGCCGCUAUCUCAGGGGCCGUUUGGUCUUCUGCUAUCCCACACAAGCUCCUCCAAUACCUCCCCGAGGAAAGCAAGGGCCAAGCCGCCGAUAUCUUCGGCAAGCUCACCACUGCGCUGUCCUACCCGAUGGGAUCCCCAACUCGUAUUGCCAUCAACCGUGCGUACCAGGAGACCAUGGAUCGGCUGUUGACGCUGGCAGUCAUCGCCACUCUUCCCCUCAUCCCGCUGAGUCUCCUCAUGGUGAACUACAAACUUGACAAGAUGGGUUACGGUAAUUCCGAGCCUCGGGGCGACCCAAUUCUUGAGGCAGAGUCCAGCUCUGACGACCGACACUCCAAACGAACCUAA